AUGUCAACUCAUAUUGAUCUCACCUUACCUCCCGAAGCCGUUGAUUUAAGCUUGUGGAUUGGCGUUGGCAAGGAAUACUGCAAUGUCCCAGAAGCUAUAGCGAACGAGCUCAAGUCCCGAAUCUCGUUAAGUGACACAUCUCGAUCCAUGCUCCCACCACCACGUCUAACUAUAUCUGAACUCCUUGCUACCCAAUUACCACCUGAAGCGACAACCUGGGUCUUGAAGGAUGCAAGGGCCGCUUUCUGCAAUAUACCCGCGAAUACACCACUAUCCUACCUCCUUCUCCCCAACCGCCCCCUCCCUCCUCGACCAUUCUUGAUAAAGCUACGCAACGCUGCAGGUCAAGCAAUGCUAGACGGAUCUGUCUCAAUCAAACAUUGGGGUGCACACGAUAUCUAUCUACCAUUCGAGGCUCUAGGACUAUGGUAUGCACUCAGCGACUUCGUUAAAGCUCAGACAGCUUGGAAGACGGCUCUGAGGUGGACUGCCAAUGUCUUCCCUCACGACAACAGCUCGCGCACUGCUCGCAUGACAUCGAUCUUCCAGUCUCUUCACUGGGAGGGUCUUAUACCUAAGCUAGGACGCGCUUCUGAGGUCACACAUAUGGCGCAGUUCCUAUCGAGCUCGUCUCUGUCUUCAUCACAUAUUGAUGCAAUGCUUCUUCGUCUCCGCGCUAGAUACAGAGACGAAGUAGAUCAUCGUUCCAGCAAGCAGAUCCUCUUGGUCCCUACCCUAUCGUUUACGGAUCACCUUGGAGCUCUUGCAUCUAAAGACACGCAAUCACCCAACGAGAUCCUGGAUAGCUCAGAGCUCUCUAGGAUUGGAAACUUCAUCGCCACCUCCCCGCAGGACGUCUUGAUCGCCACAGUGGGCUACUGGCCCACGAACCACUGGGGAUUUGUCUUGAUAACAAUCUCAGGUAGUCGUGUCCAGGCGAAAUGGGGUGAUGGGCUUCAACGAAAGGUGCCCAAGGCGUUGGCGAAGGGGAUCAGGAUGUGGAGUAAUCUAUAUCUGCCGAAGCACAUCGUUACGAUUGAUAGUGGCUACACCUGCGCCUCCCAAAAUGACGGCUAUUCCUGUGGAAUUGUCGCUCUGAAUGCGCUCAAGUACCACAUCUUUCGCGACACCCUCUGGACAGGGGCUACCAAGGAGCAGCUUCGCAUGAACGAAUUCCUAUCGUGCAUGGAGUUCUGCAAAGACAAUGAUACGGUUGAUCCCCCACUGAUACCUCUGUUACCGUUGCUGGAGCCACCUAUAUCACUCACUCCUGCCCCUGUUGUCGCUCCUCAACCCACGAAGCGUCCGCGAGGAAAUAGCAAGGCCAUUGCUACCCCUGGAACCUCCCCUGUAACGUCCCCUACCAGCUCUCCAAGCCGUGUCAUGAAGCGUCCUCGACGAGGGAGCAAGUUGAAUCUGAAUACUCAGAUCGCUCCUAUCCUCGCACUUGGUGCCACCUUGCCUGAGGGCGAUUCACCCAUGGCUUCAGACGAUAACCAACUGGACUUGCCGCUAUCUAGGGUAAAGAAGGUCGAUAAAUCCAGGUCCACACUCUCGAAGCAGCGAAACAAUGCGGCGGCGACGGAUGGCUCGUUUGAACAAAACAAGAUACGCUGGGAAGCAUAUGUCAAGAAGCUUCGCACCCUAGAUCCAUAUGUUGAAGUAUACGAAGGGAAUCCCAAGAAGAUCCGUGACGUCCGCUGCUCAUGGUGUACGAAAGACAUCAAACAAUCUGAGCCAUACAAUACCUAUCGAUUCAAGCAGCACAUCUCGAGAUGCAAGUUUAGAGGAAGCAAACUUCAUACCAAGUCGAUCGCCGGCAUGCUUACUCUUGGCCUCAGUCGUUCGUCUGCCUUGAACUUAUCGAAGCCAAAGCAAGGUAAACUCUGCAAGCGGCCUUGCUCUGGGCUUACAGAGGCUCAUGACGACCGCAUCCCCCAAUACACCUCCCGCACUGAGGUUCGUCACGCUGGAGGGCUGAGUCGACCUUCUCUGGCUCUCAAAUACUUUGGCCAACCCUUUCCCUCUCUCUCCCAGGAGCAGAAGGACGAGGUAGAUCUACAUUACCGAAAUAGCUGUCAAUGGGAGCUAGAUCACGACAACGGAAGGGUGUUCUCCUGCAAAUGUAUUAGGGUGGUAUGGUGCCAGGACUCUGAGGGGCUCAAGGCAUGUACUGAAUGCUUGAGUAUCCUACGACUCCGGGCUUUUCAGGUAUCGAUCUCUCGAGAGGGCGCACCAGACGACCAGAGGAAGUAUAUCCCAUCAAGAUAUCAAAGCGUUGUAACAGGAAAGAUGUACGCUACAAACAAAGGACUGGGCAAGCUUGUCAAGGAGACUGCCAGUAAAAAGGGCGAUUUCCUGUUAGAGUUCACGGUCGCAUUGUCAUCUGGAGCGUUCGAUGGCAAGCCGUCAUUCAUUCAGCUCAUGGAAGUGAUGUUAGAACGUCAUAAACGCCAGGAACGUGGUGUUGGUUUACAGAACAUGCAGUAUGCCACCGACUUCGACCAGUUUUGCCACGAGAUACAAUGCGUACGCCCAGAAGCAUACCGACUCUUCUCGUCUACGUUUGGUGGUCGAUCAGAGCGAAGCAUGCUACGAAUUCGCGCCUCAAAGCCCAAGAUGACGGUUGGAAUCAGCGAGGCUACUCUUCAGCGUGCUGUCAAGUAUCUAGGCGACUAUGACUAUCCUUCGACUUCACCGCUUGCUUGCGCUGUCGACGAUACCAAGCUUCACCCGUCGUUACGCCCUUAUUACGACCAGUCCAAAAAGACCUGGUUUCUCCUUGGUUCAACCACGGGCCCAAUGAUAGUUGCUGACCCCGAUCAACUUGACCAACUCAUUCACCAGGCAUCAGACUCUUUGGCGACAAAGGCGCGCGUUUGGUCUCUUUCGAUCCCUCUCUCUAACGUACCACCUCUGGUCAUGGCAAUCUUACCAAUAUCAGAAAGCAACACGGCUGCUUCUCUGGCAACAAUCGAGGAGUCGCUCCUCAAGCUACUUCUCAUUGAUUCGCCCACUCCAAUAAAUAUCAUCUCCCUCGGAUCGGAUGGUACUGUAAUAGAGCGCAAGGCUCGCCGCCUCUUGAUCGAAUCCGGUUUUGCUGCGGUUGAGUACACCAGCAUCCAACAUCCCAGCAAUAAGGAGCGCCCCCUGAAGGUCGAACUCCUGUGCAUAGGGACACAUCGCCUCGCCAUCAUCCAAGACUCGAAGCAUUUCAGGAAGACGUGUCGUAACAACUUAUUCACCGGUGCAAAGCAGCUCGUAUUGGGCAACCAACUCAUCUACUAUGAGCAGGUCCGAUCAAUGGUAUAUGAUCAGAACCGUUCGCCACUGUAUGUACGCGAUGUCGACAAGUUAGAUCGCCAGGACGAUCGUGCUGCAGCCAGACUCUUCUCAGCAGCGAACAUUAAGCACGCAAUCGAGUCUGGUCAUACUGGCCUCGCUAUAUUUCUCUUUGUCUUUGGGGAGGCCGUCGAUGCGUAUCAGAGCCGUACGAUCACCCACGGUCAACGGAUUCGUAUGGUUCUGUUGGCCUACUUCUUCAAGACGAUCUGGAAGGACUUCCUCGCAGAAAACGGAUAUCCUUCCUCACGCCAUUACAUCUCUCAAGAAGCCGAUGAUAUCUUAGAUAUCCUAGUAAAUGGAUUACUAGGGUUAAUCAUCAUCCACCGUGAUCAUCUCUCAUCGCCCUUCCCGCUCUUACCUUGGAUGCAUGGCUCUGAAGCGAACGAGCAUAUCUUUGGACUACUCCGUAGCACUCUCCCAGAGUUUACGAUUGUUGACGCCAUUCAGAUAAUUCCCAAGCUAGAUGUACGAUUGAUGGCCGCUUGUCAGCGCACGAUAGAAAUAUCGGACUUUCGACGAGGCGGCGCUGGGUACACACACACACACUUCGACGGCAGUGGCGCCAAUCUGGAUACUCUUUCUUCCUUCCCGCCUCGUGAAACGUUUGAACAGAUCGCUGGUAUUGCGUGGAUCGAAGCCAAUGCAAUUUGGGAGGUACUAGGAUAUUACAGGGGCUUGUCACCAACACCCUCUCUUCCCCUUGUCCCCGUCGCUGAUCUCGAUGCAGACGAAGAUGAUCUGUUGGAUGCACCAGCAAUGGGAGACAAAUCACUAGUCGAAGAAGUCUCGGAUCGGGCUAUACUAGACCAGGCUUUGCAGGCAGCCUCGUUUGUAUCUGUGGCACCUUCAAAUCACCCGGACCUCUCUGACAGCGUUAUGGAUACGCUCAACGACUGUGGACUAGCAGCAGCAGCCCUUAACAUGCGUGAUCUAGCAGCACUAGAUGAUCUCGCAGACGAGAAGCCCGAGGCGUUGGCAGAGAUCCAGGCGGCUCUAAAGCCGAUACUUGCGGCGAUAUCAGCUCUAGGUACUGCAGGUCAGGCUGCAGUCAAUGAUCUCUUGAAGCAGGCAAGCGAGCAUCCCUCAGGCUCUCAUGUACAUACCAAGGAAGAAGAUCAGUUGGAGGAUCCCCCAUCGAAUCUAUCUCAGAUCUCGGAGUACGAUAUCGGGAUACUUGUAGAUGAACGGUGGGCACAUCAGAGCAAAGAGACGACUGACACAUGCAGGCCGGUCAACCUUUCUGAUACCUCCCCUAACGAGGAGGAAGCGGCCCCUGUCAGUGCUCGUGUGGAAGACGUCGAGCGAACACCACGCCAGCUACUUGCACAGAAGAUUCACGAAGUGCUGAGGCUGUCUGGCAUCAAUGUUAAAGGAGAAACGAGCGGACUGGCCCGCCAGUUUCGAUGGACAAAGCAGGCCAUGACAACUACAGACAAGGAUGCUACUGGAAAUGCUGUGAACGCGAGGAUAGCGGCGAGCUCAAGGGCCAAUGUGCUAAUCAACUCACGCAAGUCGAUCUUCGCUUCGCUCCCCCUUACAGAUGUGCUGGCUACUGCAAAUAUAACACAUCUAUUUCAGCUAAUUGAUGGCUUGUUUGCCAUCGUACUGUAUGAGAAGAAACUGAUGCUUGGACAAGUCGUCACAUUCUACGAGAAGGGUGGGGGUAAAGCUAGCACACACUCAUGGGUAUCGAACGCCUCAUCUGUCGGCAAUAUCUCCUGGAUUUCCAUGCAAGUUUGGACGCCCCUCUCCACCCCAAAUUUGUUCCGGUCGAUCACGCAGUCUGGUGUUCCUAAAUACGGACUCGUCCACUCCAAGGCAUUCUUAUAUGCACUUACAACAAAAGCCGUUACCAUCCGAGGUGAUAGCUUCAUCAAACUUGCUCCCGCCGUCUACAACUCAGUAUUUCGACCCCUGAACGCGAAAGAGGGGCUGGUGGUUGAGGCUGUAAAGAAAUUGAUGGGGAAGAAGCAUACCUACGAGCUUGAAGACCUUGAAGGCUAA